UGUUUGACAGUUGCAUGCACAUUGCUGUCAUGCGGAGCACAGCGGUGCAACCCGGUGGUAGUAGAGUUUGGAGAGCGUUUAGAAGAACACGUUAGAAGAGCACGCGUACCAUUUUCCCAUUUUUGUAAAUCUCAGAAAUAAAUGAAAUCAGUUUAGAAUUACAGAAUACAACAUUGGUGUCAGAAGUGGGAUUGCAGGAGAUACAUCGGUGCCGAAGGAAACACACGAUACAUCACACGCACAUCCCAAACAGAAAAGUGAGGUUAGCGUCACCACGCGCACACACAACCUUUCGUACGCCGGAAAGUACGCUCUAACGCUGUACCCAGAGAAAACGGUCCACUAUGGAUACUGAAAACAAGGAGCUGAUGGAGGCGCUAUCCGGAAUGCUAGUCCAGGCACUGAAGGCGUCGAUUGGACCUGCGAUCGAGCAAGUAAGUGCUGGCCUACGCAGUUCCAGUGCAGAUGGCGUAGCUCCACACCCGAAACCACCGACAUUCAGCAUGCCGGAGUACCGUUCCAGUGAAGGAGCAACAGUUGAGGACUACUUCAAUCGAUUCGAAUGGGCGCUUCAACUCAGUAAGAUCCCGGAGCCUCAGUACGCUGAUUUCGCACGUGUGCAUAUGGGUGCUGAGCUGAACUCUUCCUUGAAAUUUUUGAUUGCUCCAAAACAACCGCAGGAAGCUACAUACACGGAACUGCGCAAGAUCUUGCAGGCACACUGGGACGAAAAGAAAAACAAGUUCGUGCAGAGUGUCAAAUUCCGGACUAUUGUGCAACAACGAGGCGAGUCGAUUGCGCAAUAUGUAUUGAAACUGAAACAAGGUUCGGCGUAUUGCGAAUACGGAGAAUUUCUGGACCGCAUGCUGAUCGAACAAAUGCUCCAUGGGUUGACAGAUCGUGAUAUCUGUGACGAGAUCAUCGCGAAAAAUCCGUCCACCUUCCAAGACGCUCUUGACGUAGCUCUUGCGUUGGAAGCCACCCAUAAAAUCGCUCGAGACAUUAAUACAUCCGCUCCUGAGACAACUAACAAGCUGGGUUACGAAAGACCUAUGGUGAAAAGAUCGCAGACCCGCCGGAACAUCACAAACAAAACUAACGACAACGCCCCAAAGAACAGAGCGUAUGGUAAGAUAGACAGCAACCAACCUGUUGAUUGUAACGGCUGUGGAGGUGGUCACCUCAGAAGCGAGUGCCGCUUCCGCAACGCGAAAUGUAACCUGUGUAGCAAGAAAGGCCACAUUGCUAAAGUGUGCAAAUCGGGUAAGUCGAAACGGAAUGUUCCGGAAAGCGAUCAAAAGUCCCCAAUGUCUCUAGAUCACGUACAAUGGCUGAAUCGGAUUAACAAUCUUCCAUCGGGUGAUAAGAAGAUGAUAGAUGUUAAAAUUGACGGUAAGACACUGAAAAUGGAGCUAGAUACUGGCGCACCUUGUGGAAUCGUAUCGGAGUCCACAUUGAGAGCAAUCAAACCGCACUUCGUGUUGCAGCCAAGCGACAAGCAAUUUUCCAGUUACACCGGACAUCGUGUCACCUGCAUCGGUCGCAUUAAGGUUCAUGUCACCAUCGGAUCAGUAACUCAUCAGGAACAAUUAUAUGUGGUAUCUGGAGCACAUGAUUCACUUCUGGGACGCGACUGGAUUUCUCACUUCGCCGAGGAGAUCGACUUAAAUCGGCUAUUCUCUGCCCGUACGCCAGUCCACACGGUAGAUAACAGUCCAUUGUCUCCAGAUCGAGAAACACAACUCUCUACGCUGUUGGACAGCUUUGCCAAUGUCUUCAGUGAAUUCCCCGGUAAGUUGAUAGGUCCCCCAGCAAAAGUACACCUGAGAGAGAAUGCCACUCCAGUGUUCGCGAAGGCACGCGACGUUCCUCUCGCGUUACGAGAUAGGUACGCAGCAGAAAUCGAUAGUAAAAUCAAGUCAGGGUUUUAUGAGAAGGUCGAUUAUUCGGAAUGGGCAUCCCCGACACACGUGGUAGUUAAGAAAAAUGGUAAGCUGAGGAUAAGAGGGAACUACAAACCGACAGUAAACCCGAUGAUGAUAAUAGACGAGCAUCCUAUUCCACGCAUCGAAAGUAUCUUCAACCGAAUGAAGGGUGCCACUCUGUUCUGUCAUCUGGACGUGACAGAUGCAUAUACUCAUUUACCUAUCGAUAUGCAAUUCCGUGAAGUACUUACUUUAAAUACGACCACCCAUGGUCUUAUUCGACCAACACGAGCUGUAUACGGCGCCGCCAACAUACCAACAAUUUGGCAACGUCGGAUGGAAGAAAUUCUUCUAGGUCUGCCAAAUGUCGUGAGCUUCUAUGAUGACAUUAUCGUCUUCGCUAAAGAUUAUCAAGAGCUGCUGUUAGCAUUAACGAGCAUCCUUAGCAGAAUCAGGGAACACGGAUUAAAAUUGAAUCGUUCGAAGUGUGUGUUUGCCACCACAUCACUGGAAUGCUUGGGUCAUCGGAUCGAUCAAGAAGGCCUUCACAAAGGAACCAAACACAUCGAAGCGAUAAGAGAUGCACCUAGACCGUGUACCCGCGAGGAAUUACAGUUGUUCUUAGGGAAAGCAACAUAUUACUCGCAAUAUAUACCGAACUUAUCAACUAGAGCAAAUGUUCUUCGUAAUUUACUGGCCACGGAUCGGAUCAAAUGGUCGACCGAAGCAGAUGAAGCCUAUCGUGACAUUAAAAACGCUCUAAUUUCACCACAAGUUCUCACUCAAUACGACCCUGCUCUACCUCUCAUAUUGGCAACGGAUGCAAGCAAGACAGGACUCGGAGCAGUACUUUCGCACAAAAUGAACAAUGGUUUAGAAAGACCGAUCGCGUACGCUAGCUGUACUAUGUCGGCAACGGAGCAACGCUAUCCAGUGAUUGACAAAGAAGCUCUUGCGAUCGUUUGGGCCGUAAAGAAGUUUUUCAACUACUUAUACGCAAGAAAGUUCACGCUGGUGACGGAUCACAAACCAUUGACACAAAUUCUCCAUCCCGAAAAGUCACUGCCGACACUUUGUAUAAGUCGCAUGGCAAAUUACGCCGACUAUCUUGCACAUUUCAACUUCGAAGUGGUGUACCGAUCCACGAACGAUAAUAAGAACGCUGAUUAUUGUUCACGCAUACCGAGCAGCGAGAAACGUUCAGAUGUAAACAAAUUGGCGUUGUUCGGAGGAGGAAAUGACGGAGAAGACGAAUUCGAAGGUUUUGUACUUCAUCAAAUUCAACAACUUCCUAUCAGAGCGGAACAAAUCGCCCGUGAAACACGGAAGGAUGAUCACUUAGGCAAAAUCUUGAAGGAUCUGGAAAUGGGACGAGACCUUAGCAAUGCCGGUUACAAAGCGCCGGAAUCGAAGUACAAUUUGGUAGCCAAUUGCUUGCUCUUCGAGCUUCGCUUCGUUAUUCCGUGCAUCUUCCGCCCGUCAAUUCUGAAGGAUCUCCAUUCGGCUCACAUCGGUAUGGUAAAAAUGAAAGCUUUGGCUCGAUCGUAUGUCUACUGGCCAGGCAUCGACACGGACAUCGAAAAGCUGGCCAAAGCAUGUGGCGAAUGCGCACAAACGGCAUCAUCCCCUCCCAAGUACAACCAACAUCAUUGGGAGUAUCCCAGUAAUCCUUGGGAUCGAGUACACGUCGAUUACGCUGGACCGGUAGCAGGAGCAAUGUUACUCGUAGUGGUAGAUGCGCAUAGCAAAUGGACUGAGGUCAGAGUUACUCACUCGACGACGACAGCUGCAACCAUCGCCAUAUUGGAUGACCUGUUCGCAUCAUAUGGAGCACCUGUUACAGUGGUAACGGACAACGGUCCACAGUUCGUAUCGGAAGAGUUUAAAACCUUUCUACAGCGUAGUGGAGUGAAGUGGCACAAAACGUCAGCACCGUAUCAUCCCGCCACCAACGGCCAAGCCGAACGCUACGUGCAAACGGUAAAGAAAGCACUCAAGGCCAUGAACACCACUAGCACGACACUGAGUUCAAAUCUCAACGAAUUUCUACAGCAGUAUAGAAAAGUUCCCCACUCGGAAACGGGAGAACCACCGGCUAAACUCUUCUUAGGUCGCAAUAUUCGAUCACGGCUCGAUCUGAUUCGUCCUCAAGACAUUCAUACGAAGUUCACCGAAAAGCAGCGGGCAGAAUCAAAAUCUGCUUUUAGAACUUUCUUUGCAGGACAACGAGUCUUCUUCCUAUCAGGCAACCCAAGGAAGGACAAAUGGUUGCUGGGUACUGUGAUCUCGCGAUUAGGAGAUCUACAGUCCUCGUGAAACGCCACGUGGACCAGAUGAGAUCGACCAUCGACAAAGCCGGUAAUACAUCGUCUGGCUCAACCCAAAGGACGCGUCGUCGGCAUUAUUUCGAGCCCAUCACAACUCCGGAACCAUCCAUUUCAUCAACGCCGCCAGCUCAGAUGACUACCCCAUCGGAUACUCCGUUCGCAACACCGACAGGCAGUCCUAGUCGUUUCUGCCAGGACCUACCACCGCCACCGCGCCGUUCAGAGAGAACACGUCGUCCGCCACAACGAUUUUCACCGUAGUCUUCUUUUAAGUGGGGAGGACUGUUAUGUUUGACAGUUGCAUGCACAUUGCUGUCAUGCGGAGCACAGCGGUGCAACCCGGUGGUAGUAGAGUUUGGAGAGCGUUUAGAAGAACACGUUAGAAGAGCACGCGUACCAUUUUCCCAUUUUUUUGUAAAUCUCAGAAAUAAAUGAAAUCAGUUUAGAAUUACAGAAUACAACA